AUGAGCACCGCGAUGCACACCGGCUUCCGGGCCCUUUUACCAUCAAAAUGCUUCCAGGCGCACGCUGUGAAGCACAUUUCUACACCACGAUGGUACCAGGCCGUCUCCAGCACGGAGGUGGAACCGGUGGCCAGCGCCUUCACCCAGCUCUCUGCGGGCACGGGGCGCAAGUACAUCAUGGUCAGUGGCAAGGGGGGCGUCGGCAAGACCAGCCUGGCUGCCUCCCUGGCGGUGCGCUUUGCUGAGGAGGGUCACACCACGCUCGUGGUGUCCACGGAUCCCGCGCACUCGCUCAGUGAUUCCCUGGCCCAGGAUGUGAGCGGCGGCAUGCCUGUAAUGCUGGAGGGCACAGAGCUCCCGCUCUGGGCGCUGGAGAUCGACCCAGAAAGGGAAAAGGCCAAGUUCAAGGCCUAUACCGCAGGCGAUGGGAAGCAGGAGGUCAAGGACUUCAUGGGGGGCUUUGGCCUGGGAGGCCUGCUGGAGCAGUUCACAGACCUGAAGCUGGGGGAGUUGCUGGACACCCCCCCUCCGGGCUUUGAUGAGGCGGUCGCCAUCGCCAAGGUCCAGCAAUUCGUGAAGAGGGAGGAGUUUGCGCGCUUCACCCGCAUCGUAUUUGACACCGCGCCGACAGGCCACACCCUGCGCCUGCUGACGACUCCUGAUUUCGUGGACGCUACGCUGGGCAAGCUGGUCCGGCUGCGGAAGAAGCUGAGUGCGGCCUCGGCCCCGCUCCGGGCCAUCUUCAGGGUCGGCCAGGACCAGGAGGAGGCGGUGGACAAACUGACCGAGCUCCAGAACAGCGUGCGCCUGGUGCGGGACCUCUUCCACGACGCGGACACGACGGAAUUCAUCAUCGCCACCAUUCCCACGGUGCUGGGGGUGAAUGAGAGCGCACGCCUGGCCGGCGCGCUGCGGCGAGAGGGCGUGCCUUGCUCCCGGAUCGUGGUCAACCAGGUCAUCGAUGACCGCCUGGCGCGCAAGUACCUGGAGAGCAAGCUGAAGGACCAAGCGGCAGCGCUGGACCUGCUGGCGCACAGCCGGGGCCUGGAGGGGCUGCGCCAGCUGCAGGGCCCCUACCUGGACCUGGAGGUCCGGGGCUUGCCCGGCCUGCAGUACUUUGGGGGCCUGGUGUGGGGCGGCAUCAUCGAAGAGUUUGCGGCAGGCGCGGACAGGCGCUUCUUCAUGCUGGGUGGAAAGGGCGGCGUGGGAAAGACCAGCUGCUCCGCCUCCCUGGCCGUCCAGCUGGCGGCCGCCGGGCACACGACGCUGGUGGUGUCCACAGACCCCGCGCACUCCCUCUCCGACGCCCUGGACCAGGACGUGAGCUGCGGCUACCCAGUGGAGCUGGAGGGCAGCCAGGGCCAAGUGUGGGGCAUGGAGCUGGACCUCGACGCUGCGCGCCAGGAGCUGCGAGGUGCCAAGUCCCCCGACUCCGAGCCCGAGUCCGGGAAGAAGGGGGGAACGCUGGACGCCGUGCUGGGCAGCGUCGGGGAGCUCCUGGACACGCCGCCGCCUGGCGUGGACGAGGCGCUGGCCAUUGCCAAGGUCAUCCAGUUCCUGGACAGCCCCGAGUACUCCCGCUUCAGCCGCAUCGUCUUUGACACGGCGCCCACUGGGCACACGCUGCGCCUGCUGUCCCUCCCAGACUUCCUCGACACCUCUGUGGGCAAGAUCCUGAUGCUGCAGCAGAAGAUCGCCAGCGUCACGCAGUCGGUCAAGGGCUUCUUCCAGGGGAACAAGGGGCCCAGCGAGCCCUCCACCCUGGAGGUCUUCAGAGAGCGCAUGAACACCGCCAAGGCGCUGUUCCACGACGAGGCACGUACUCAGUUCAUCGUCGUCACCAUACCCACCGUCAUGGCGGCGGCGGAGAGCGUGCGGCUGGCGGAGUCGCUGCGCAAGGAGAGCGUGCCGGUGCGGACGCUGGUGGUCAACCAGGUCAUCGGCGACGGCGCGACGCAGAGCUUUCUGGACAACCGGCGCAAGGACCAGGCACGUGCGCUGCAGCGCCUGCACGACAACCCCGAGUUGCGAGGCCUGGAGGUCAUCACCGCGCCCCUCUUCGACCUGGAGGUCCGGGGCCUGCCCGCGCUGGAGUACUUUGGACGCCAGGUGUGGAAGUGA